AUGGAGUCAAAACCACCGAAUCCCGGAUGGGACAUCGAAUCAACUCCACUGGGAAACGGUGCAAUCAAACCGGAGAACGUUCAUCUGAAUUCUGGACUCCGUUCAGCGAGAGUGGCCAAUAGUUCGAAUCGUCCGUGUGUUUCACAAUUUGGAGUAGAGCUCAGAAAGCAGUUCGAUUGCUUGUCGGACGAAGGCAAAAAGCACGUUCUCCGCCCAUAUAGCUGCACUCCCCCGGAAGAACUCGAACGUACGAUGCAGCGGGUAUCUGCCGCUCAACUCCUCAAGGACAUCAUUCACUAUCCACCUCGUCCACAACAAAACAUUUCUCGCGUCGUGGAAAGUGACCAACCGAGCAGAAGUUCCCAUAGAUCCAUUCGUAGUCUCCUGUUGCAGCCAUUCCAGACGAUGAGUUCUGGACAAAGUGACACGUCUGGUCAUCAAGUGAAGAGCGACUCGAUCCGCAGAAACGAUGAUCUUAUAAUGAGUAGCAUCCCGAAACACCGUGACUUGGUUCCGGAUCCAGACUGCGAAAUCAUCGAACUACCGGAAAAACUCCAUAAUGUUGGACGCCUUGCUCCAUCUACACAUGCUCGUGUCAGAUCAGUAACUCUGUCCAUCCGGACAAAGAUAGAGCCACCUUCUCCCAAUCUGGACAUUACUCAACAUGAUUCCAUGACAAAACCCAGACAUGUUUCAGCCCUCGAACACAAAAAUGAAGACAGGGACUGCAUCUUUCUCGGUUUUCGGCGGCCCAGCGAGCGAGAAGUUAGAGAAACAAGAAAGUUGCUCGACGAAGUCAAGCUAAACCGUCAAAAGGAAGACAUGAUGACUGCUAAACAAAAAGUGGAAAAACUUCAUAAUGUUGGACUCUUUGCCCCAUCUACACAGGCUCGUGUCACAUCGGAAACUCCGUCGAAAUCGAGAAAAAGAUCGUCAACAUCACGCAAUCUGAGCACUAUUCGGCAUGAUUCAAUGUCGAAAUCCAGACAAAUUUCAAUUGAGGAGCACAACUUUGAUGACGAUUGCGUCUUUCUCGAUAACGACCAAGUUGAUUCACAUGCUCGAGAGAACAAGGACGUUCCAAGUACUAGUGAUAUCCCAUCAUCACGUCGUCGCAGCUCUACCACUCGGUGUGUCCCAUGGGCUGUCAAAAGUGAGAAUGUUCAAAUCGAUAUUGAUGCAGGAUCAGCACCACAAACUCCUAUCGAAAAAGUCAGUCAAGUCUUACCCACGGCUGAUGACAACAUGCGGUGUAUCAACUCACAGAGAAUCCCAGAAGCACGUGAUGGUUCGUGCCCGUAUAUCUUCAACAUCGUUUCGGAUUUUGAUAGAGACUCGGGCAUCGAUAAUCGCUUGUCAUCUAACGAAAUGUCGACCCAUAAAUUUGACGGACGAGUCUUUACCGUGAUUGGUAUCGCAUUCGAAGAUAUACGGUACUCGAUGGGAUGUAUCAAAUUUGUGAAUCAGCUAGUGGUAAAGCUUCCCACUGGAUGCCAUGCAGCCAAAGUGGCACAAGAGGAAGGUGUGGAAGUUCCUGUGGAAUAUCAAAACAUUCCUGGAAUUCCGUUCAAAAAGCUUCAUGGAGAAGGUGCUCUCGAAAAGUAUGGAGUAACCGACGAGCAUCCAGAGGUUCCAGAACUUUGGCGAAUUCAAGCAAUUUUCAAGGGAGGUGCCAAAAAGGGACGAUUGCCCGUCUUGUAUGUUGGUUGGAAGUCAUUCCACAUAUUCGACCUCCCCGUUGGACAUCUCCGAAAUCAUGAGAAAACGCUCUACGAAAUUGCGGAAACCAGAAACAAAUAUGUAGAGGUUCUAAAGAGACAGGUCUCCGACAAGAAGAUGAAAGCUCUAAUUGAAUUGGAGCAAUUCAUGACUCCUGCUCUUCGAACUGAUUGUUCCAAUCGGUACUGGUUUCUUCAGGACCUCACAUAUUUUCAUUCCAAGAUCCAACAAGAUAGUGGACAAGGAAAUGUUCACUAUAUGUGUUUCACGGGUCCAACUACACCCCUUCCAAAUUACACAUUUGUGACUCAGCACGUGAUGUUGCAUGACGUUCUUGUUCACUGCAUCGAAAAAACUCGCAUUCUUGACGACCUAUUCAAUAAUCAUCUUCAAACGGCUCUUCGUACCAACAACACUUUCAAACUUGGAAAAACGCCAUGCGAGACUCCACAGUCUUGCAAAUGCAAUCUUACCUACGAAGCAAUGCUCAUUCACAAUCACUUUGGAAAGAACACCAAGCUCUGUAUUCCGGAUAGAAUGGGCCGACUGCAGAAGCUAGACGAACACGCAUUUGGUGAUGAGUACGUAACUGUUGAGUGCUCAUCCGAUUGUGGAUGCACUCGCAACUGCCCCAGACGCCGUCUGCAAAACGGUGGCAAAAAGAUGCUCGUGAUUAUGUGUGACGAUGAGGCGAAAGGAUUCGAACUGAUUGCUGGCGAGAAGAUUGAAGCAGGAGAACUGAUUGGCGAACUGGCUGGAGAGUUGUUCCUCCACCCGAACCAAGUGAAAGAUCCGUCUGACUCUCCACUGGCUAAGAGAUCAAAGCCUGACAAUUCCAGCUCUUUGGAUUGUACUUCGCAGUUGAAGUUGAACGACGGACCAUUCCACAAGACUUUUUCUAUCUUUAGUCCUGAUAUGGCAAUCAUUUCACGUCGAAUUGGUAACGCAAUGCGUUUCAUCCAACACUCUGCUACUCCCAAUGCAGUGUUUAUCGAGACUCUCAGUCGUGUACUCAAGAACCACCCGAUCAUACCACGAAUUGCUGUCUAUGCCUCGAAAAACAUUGCGAUUGGUGAGAGGGUCACCGCAUACUUCCAUGAUGACAGUCUUGCAUCGGAUAGUCCAGUGGACAACCCAGAAGAGUGGCGACAGUGCGAAUGCCGCGUGGGUUGCCCAGACGUCUUGCCUCCAUCUCCUUAG